GUCUUUCUUGCCUACCCUAAUUAAGAAGUCACCGACUUCUACUAUUACGUCCAGGUAGUUGGCCGGUUCCAUCGGAUUUGAAGCCACCUUAAAACGUCCGUAUGUACACUUCUCCCACUCUUCGUAAACUCCGCUGGUUCUAACAACAAUUACUAUGUUCUCCCUACCUUAAAUGCAUGCCCUCUUUCACCUUCUUCCCACUCUUGGACUUCGAUUCAAACCCUCUUCGUCUCGUUUCCUCAGUCACCCAAUAUCAUUCUCCUAUUCCCUCUCCACAAUGAGUUCAUCGGUGGCGCUCCCUUCGGUUUCUCUGAAGAAGGUCUCGUUCGGUGGUCCGGAGUUCUUGAAGAGUUCGAAUUCUUUGGGUUUUAAGCAUGGAAUUCGAGGUUUUGGUCCGCGAAAUCUGGAUAAAUCUAGGGUUUUCAUGAGCGUUUCAGUGGGAUCUCAAACAGCCGUUGAUGAUGCCUUGUUUUUGGAUUAUAAACCGACCUGCGCUUUUCUCUUUCCUGGCCAGGGUGCUCAAGCAGUUGGAAUGGGUAAAGAGGCUCAAAAGGUACCUGCUGCGGAAGACUUGUACAAGAAAGCAAAUGACAUUCUAGGGUUUGACCUGCUGGAUGUUUGCAUAAAUGGACCAAAAGAGAAGCUAGAUUCCACUGUUCUAAGUCAGCCAGCUAUAUAUGUUACAAGCUUAGCUGCAGUGGAGGUACUCCGUGCUCGUGAUGGAGGUCAGCAGAUAAUUGAUUCUGUGGAUGUCACUUGUGGUCUAAGCCUUGGAGAAUACACUGCCCUAGCAUUUGCUGGAGCUUUCAGCUUUGAGGAUGGACUCAAGCUGGUCAAAUUAAGAGGUGAAGCCAUGCAGGGAGCUGCUGAUGCUGCUAAAAGUGCCAUGGUGAGUGUAAUAGGACUGGAUUCAGAGAAAGUACAACUACUCUGUGAUGCUGCAAAUGAAGAUGUAGACGAAUCUGACAAAGUUCAAAUUGCAAAUUUCUUAUGCCCUGGCAAUUAUGCAGUCUCCGGAGGUGUGAAAGGAGUGGAAGCAGUAGAAGCCAAGGCAAAGUCAUUUAAGGCUCGAAUGACGGUGCGUCUAGCUGUUGCUGGUGCUUUCCACACUAGUUUCAUGGAGCCAGCCGUCUCAAGAUUGGAAGCUGCUUUGGCAGCGACAGAAAUUAGAACUCCAAGAAUACCAGUAAUAUCCAAUGUUGAUGCACAACCACAUGCUGAUCCAGACACAAUUAAGAAAAUAUUGGCACGUCAGGUGACUUCUCCUGUUCAAUGGGAGACAACGGUGAAGACUCUCCUAAACAAAGAGUUGAAGAAGAGCUAUGAAUUAGGACCUGGAAAGGUUAUAGCUGGCAUAGUGAAGAGAAUUAACAAAGGUGCAGCCAUUGAGAAUAUUGAUGUUUGAGAGGUUGCCUUGAUCCUUGCUCAAUCCUUGUCUUCCUAAUAACCAUUUUCUUGGUCCACAGUCAGAGGUUCCUUCUUUAAGAGCCAACCCUGGGAAACCCAUUUGUUGCUUCCCAGUUUGAACUUGUAAUAGCCGGUCGGAGAUUGUUUUGAGUUGUAUGUAGUGUAAACUUCAGUUUUGAAUGUAAACGGAGAAAUAGUGGCUUUUGGAUAAAUGUGGUGGUUGAGAGCUUAAUAAUACUUUCUGUAAUGGUACCAACAUAUUUGAAUCACUGCAUUAUAUGGAAUCGAGGGUUAAUCUUGUCGAACGUGACGGAGUAUUGGAAUUCAUUUGGUUAAUCAUUCAGAACUUACGAUUGAACUCUCAUUGGCUUUCCAAUGUCAAGAUCAGCAAUGAGAUUUCAACUGUUCCUGUUCUUCCAGAAACCCCCAUGAAUGAGAAAUCAC